GAUCACCUGAGGUCAGGAGUUUGAAACUAGCCUGGCCAACAUGGUGAAACCUCGUCUCUACUAAAAAUACAAAAAUUAGCCAGGCAUGGUGGCGGGUGCCUGUGAUCCCAGCUACUCAGGAAGCUGAGGCGGGAGAAUUGCUUGAACCCAGGAGAUGGAGGUUGCAGUGAGCCAAGAUUGCGCCACUGCACUCCAGCCUGGGUGACAAAGCGAGACUUCGUGUCAAAAAGAAAAAAAAAUUAGCUGGGCUUUCGGCUUUCGGCUUGGAGGAGCCCAAGGUGCAACUUUCUUUGGUCGUCCAGAAUCCAGGUUUUUCCGACACCAAUCACCUCCACCAUGCUGCCAAAGUUCAACCCCAACAAGAUCAAAUCUGUAUACCUGAGGUGCACCCAGGGUGAAGGGGGUGCCACUUCUGUGCUAGCCCCCAAGAUCGGCCUCCUGGGUCUGUCUCCAAAAAAGCUUGGUAAUGACCUUGCCAAGGCAACAGGUGACUGGAAGGGCCUGAGGAUGACAGUGAAACUGACCAUUCAGAACAGACAGGCCCAGAUUGAGGUGGUGCCUUCUGCCUCUGCCCUGAUCAUUAAAGCCCUCAAGGAACCACCAAGAGACAGAAAGAAACAUAAAAACAUUAGACACAAUGGGAAUAUCACUUUUGAUGAGAUCGUCAACAUUACUCGACAGAUGCAGCACCGAUCUUUAGCCAGAGAACUCUCUGGAACCAUCAAAGAGAUCCUGGGGACUGCCCAGUCUGUGGGCUGUAAUGUUGAUGGCCGCCACCCUCAUGACAUCAUAGAUGACAUCAACAGUGGUGCUGGCCGGGCACGGUGGCUCACGCCUGUAAUCCCAGCACUUUGGGAGGCCGACGCGGGC